AUGGGGGACUUCGUGUACCCGGCCGAAGGGUGUUUCACCGCGCCUGAUAAGGAAGCCGAGGAGAUCAAUUCCUUCCUCGCGUGGAUCCACAAUCGAAGCAGUCACGACGAAGCAUUCGCAAGAAUUCUCAACUACCACAUCAAAAGAAAAGGUGAAAACGACGAAAACCGAAUGGCGAAGUUUUUCGCCCUCAGGGGUCCUGACGAAAUCACCUCUACCUUGCUGCACGCCGAAUUAGACAACUGGCUUCAAGAUCCAUAUACAUUCUGGGUCCGACCUGGGAGGAGAUCUCACAUGUCUAAGGUUCCUCUUAUCGAGAUCGUGAAAAGCUUUAUCCAAACCGAGCGAGACGAUGCCUAG